AUGGAAGCCGCGACGGCGACGCACUCGCAGAGGGACGGCGAUGGCAUCAAAUCGACGCAGAUUGCGCAUACAUUGACGGCUUGCCAACGUUGCAGGACACGCAAGACGCGAUGCGACCCUGGGCUCCCCCGUUGUGGCCCCUGCGAGCGAACAAACUCGCACUGCGAGUACUACGACCCCGCCAAGGGCAGGAAGAUCCCCCGGAACUACGUCGUACAUUUGCAGCACAAGGUGCGAGAGCUGGAGCGCCAGUUGGCCGAACUCGAGAGGGACGACAUCGAGCCGGAUGCCGAGGAUGUCAUGCGCGGGGCAGCAGCGGUGCGUGUGCAGGACACGGACGAGUCCAAGUUUUUGGGGCCCUCGAGCGGCAUCACCAUCACGCGCCUGGUGAUGCAGCUGGCGAAGCAGUUCACAGAGUCCAGGAACAUAUCCGAGAUCGUCCCCUCGGCGCGGGCCACGUCAAUCAAGGCGACGUUUGCGCAGGAGGACGAGCGCCCAACCUCCAAGGUCUACCCCCUCGUGAGCGACGUCGCCGCUGAAGGGCUGCCCCCCAACAGGAGCCUCACCAACCACCUGGUCGAGCUGUUCUACCUCAAAGUACACGCCAUGUAUCCCAUGUUCCACGAGCCGACCUUCACCCAAGACGUCGAGGACGUCUACAAUGGGUCCACCGACCCCUACCAAAACUACUGUGUGCGCAUGGUCAUCGCCAUCAGCUUGCAGCGAAUGGACACGCAAUACGCUGGCCUCGCUGACGGCUACUAUCUCGCCGCCCUCAAGUUCUUCGAGGCGGCCAUCAAGCCCAUGAAUCUCAAGACGCUGCAGUGCUUCGGCUUGGUCGCUGGCUAUUCGCUCCUCACCUCGACCAGAACCGCCGUGUACUAUAUCAUUGGGCUUGGCAUCAGGCUGUGUCAGGCUUUGGGGCUGCACGAAGAGAAAACAAUUACCAUGGGCUCUGGUGGACGCCUGGCGGACCCUCUCGAAGUCGACAUGCGUCGGCGCAUAUUCUGGAGCUUGCUUUCCAUGGACUACGCGCUGGCGCACAGCCUAGGGCGGCCGGCUCAUUUCGCGACCAGGCGAGAGCACAUCGACGUCAACUUCUUCGAGCUAGUCGACGACGUUUACAUCACGAGAGACGGCAUCAAGCCUGCGCCUCAGGGUUCACUCAAAAAGUGGAUCGCUAUCCACUUCUUCAAGAUGCGCAUGUUGCAGCUUGAAAUCCGUAAGAUGCUGUAUCAGCAGAAGCAGGCCGAACCAAAAGACGACCAGCAUCCCUGGUUCGAAGAGAUGCUGGCCAAGAUGGAGGCAUGGAGGGACACUAGUCCUGAGGUGGACGGUGGGUCAGGCUUGAACAAAGUCUGGUUCACAGGGAGGUUCAACACGAUGAUUGUUUUCAUGUACCGACCCUCGCCGCAGGUUCCCCGACCUUCUUGCCAAGCUGCCAUACGCUGUUAUGAUGCGUGCGAGUACAACAUCUACAUGACUGAACAGCAGAUAGAAAACAGGAGCGUCGACGUGACAUGGAUUUUUGUCCAAGCCAUCUUCAUGUGUAUCAACACGAUGCUCUGGACGUUGUCGUAUUCUGAAGUACGCCGCCUUCACAGUCGCGAGGAUGUGGAGCAGCAUCUAGGCGUUGCCAUGAAAUCUAUCCGGCUCUCGUCUGAGCGUUGGCCUGGAGUCAAGUCCGCUAUCGAGUUAUAUUGCAACUUGAUCGACGCAUGUAUGCGGAUUUUCGACAAGGACGGUGACAUCCCUAUCGCAGCCGGGACACCGUCUGAUUCUGCAUCGAUCGUCUCGAGCAGCAUGGUGGACGGCAUCAACAGGUCUCGGACAACGAGUCCUGCUACGGCGUCCACCGUAUCGGUGAGCACGCCCCCGGAGAAAGUCUCGCCACCGUUCGGCUAUUUACCAACCCAGAACCACCAACUCUUCAAGUUCGACAGCCCUCACAGUACCGUCCAAAAUCCUUUCAACACAUCACCUAACGGUGACCACGCGUCGUUACAAGUCCCACCUCAACGACCAUCACUGCAGCCAUACACGGAUUUUAGCCCAAAGGCGUCCAUCGAUACGAACAUGCCCAUGUACAACUUCCCGCCGCCGGCGCAGUUCACACCUUUGCCAACGACGUUUGACGAAAUGCCCCAGUGGACUCCGACGUUCUCCAUGCCUCAACAAGAGCAGUUUGGCAUGCACACCAUGCCCAUGGCGUCGCCACUCUACAACGAGAGCUAUGCAGCGAAUCAUGGGUAUGAGGUAGCGGACUAUCUCAAUCCUGGGUGGAGUCAGGACGCUCGGGGCACAGGACUCAACCAGCAGCAGCAGGAAGAGUUGAUGCACGACUUCGAGAUGAACGAGACAAGCAACAUUGAGGCCAUGAUUCAGCAGAGCUACCAGAUUUUCCGACCUCCGCCACUAAACACAUACUGA